UAGAAGCUCUCUCAACGUCCGCCCGCCAUUUGCUUCGCUUCGGUCUUUCUACCCUUGAGAGGAUUGCCGGGUUAUUGUCACGUGUAUUUCUUUGUAAUCCGUCAUCAUCCCUCGUAAAAAAAUGGCAGACGAAUAUUUUUACGCUCUCACCCUUAAAGGAGCAAAGGCAUCUGAAGUAUGGGAUCCAGAAUCCAAAGGAGGCGAAGAUUUACAAGGAGGACACAAGCUUAUCAUCAAACAAGCUUUGUUAGGAGCCGACGCUGUCGAAGGCGAAGUUAAUGUUAUCCAAGUAGAAGCAAUGACAUGGAAAGAAUCAGUUACUAUUCCUGUAGCAGUUUUAAAAUCAGGAAGUCAGAAUCAAGUACUAUUGGAUUUAUCUUUCCCAGACCCCCCUGUUACAUUUAGUUUGGCUCAAGGCUCAGGCCCAGUGCAUAUUAUAGGACAUCAUCUUAUUGGUAGUGCCAUCGAUGAAUUUGAUGAAAUGGAUGAGAUGGAAGAAGAAAUGCUGGAUGAUGAAGAAGGCGAAGAAGGAGCUGAGAACCGUAUCAAACAAAAACGAAAAUUGUCGGACAUCGACGAAAAAGAGGAGGAAGACGAAGAAGAAGACGAAGGCCCUAAAAAUAAGAAGGCGAAAACGACUUCCAGUAAUGCAAAAGGAAAGACACCAGUUAAAAACACAAAGAAAAAGUAAAUGAACUGUUCCUUUUUUUCAUUUUUUUUUAAUUCUGGAUUUUCGUCAUUUACAGUGACUUAGUUUUAAAUUGAAAUGGAAUUGCCUUUGGUUCCCAUUUAUUUUACUUUUAAAAAAGGCAAUUUCAAUUCGGAUCUUACUUGAAAAUAAUCGAUUCAUAGUCUGUAAUACAUUUUAUUAUUCUUUGUACAACCUGCUAAACUUAGUUUUGUGUAUUCCAAUGUCUUAAUGUUAAGAAUAUUCCAAUUAGAAUAUUUAAUUUAUGUCAGUGCUGCAGUUGUUUUCUUUGUAAAUACGUCACUCAGUAAAAGGUUUUUUCUAAUAAUUGGGCUUUUCAUAUGCUAAAGAUUGUGUAUUCAAGUUUUUAUAAAUUGUAAUCUUUGAUGCUAAUACCUGAUUUGAUUUAUGGAACAUUUUUGUAUUGAGAAGGAAAUCUACUGGCAGUAGUAAAGUGUUUACUA